AUCGGUACAAUGGCCGACCCCGAGGUUGUCAUCGACGCCAGCGAGAACAACACUCCCGCACCCGCCCAGAGCCAGGAUGUCGACAUGGGAGGUCAGGACGAGAGCACCCAGCCCGAAAACAGCGCCGACCCCAGCACCGAGCAGCAAGACGUCGAGCCUAGCGGUCUCGAGAACAUUGAGCCAGAACUCCCCGCCCGCUUUUCCGUUGGCAAGGACGACCAUGUUACCGUUCUGCAUGCCCACCAGCGUCUGCUGGAGCAGAGCCCCGUCCUGGAGGAGAAGAUUGCUGCCAUGGCAGACGCCGAGAACGUAAGAUCAUUGAAGGACCUCCUACCCUCUCAGUCGCAAUUGCUGACCCUACCCUCCAGCNGUCGCAUUGAUCUCCGGGACGAGGACCUGACCGCAACCGCCUGCUUCCUCGAGUUCCUCUACAAGAACGACUACUUCCCCACCCUCAGCGGCUCCUCGCUCGAAACCGACCCCGAGAUCCCCGUCCCAGACACCGAAGGCAUGGCCCUCCUACGCCACGCCCGCGUCUACACAUUAGCCCAGCGUUUCGGCGUCCCCGCCCUCGCAACCCUCGCCCACAAGAAGAUUCACCUCACACAAAGCACCGCCCGCGGCGAAAUCGAGUACGCCCGCUACGUCUACGGCCACACCGAGGUCUCGGACGAGAGCAUACGCAAGCCCGUCGCCGCCUUUUGGGCCACGAGAUCACACGUCCUGCGCCACGAGGCAGAAAAGGAGUUCCGCAGCAUGUGUCUCGAGUUCCCUCAGUUCGGUUUCGAUGUCCUCAGCUUGGUGCUGGAUAACCAGGAGAAGAGGACUGCGAGAUCAGAGACUACCAUCGGCGGUGGUCGCAAGAGGCCGCGUGUCAGUGCUGUAUAG